CGGGCUGCAGCACGUGGCGCGAACUGUAGGUGGAGUGAUUUCUACGAGGGCGAGAAGUGAAACCCGAGGACGGGACGGGACCGCAGGGUGGAGCAGCGACGAGGGCCGACUUCCCUAAAAACACACUCGAACCCUGUUUGUGUCGCCCUCGGCUUCGAGGCCGUGUCGCCGUCCGGGGCUAUGGAGCUUCUCCCGAGCCGUCGCUGACCGCGGAGCCGCUUUCGGACUCGACCCCCCCCCCCGGGAGCCGAACCCGCGACCCCGCGCCGCUUUUACUGUUCACGGCGCGCGAGCGACCCCGCAGAGGAGCGCGAGCCUUUGACCCCGAUGGAGGCGAGAGGUCUGCUGACCGUCAACGGAGCCUCCGGGGAUUAUGGCUCCUUGCCGGGCGGAGAGCAGGAAGGGCCGCCGGGGAGCGGGAGACGGAGGUCGCACGCCUUCGCCGGGCAGCCGUGCGGCGUCGAGAGGGGCACAGAUGCGGAGGAGCUCUACAUCCAGCAAGCGGUGGUACUGAUCGAGGACGCCAUGCAGUACCGCUCCAUCAACCACCGGGUGGAUGCCCGCUCCCUCCGCCUGUAUCGAGGGUACUACUCCUGGAUAUGCCAGUGGGGCUUGGGCCUUACCAUUGCGGUGGUGCUGCUGCUGGCGUUCGUGGAGCGCCCGUCCUCCCUGUCCAUCUCCUCGGACCCCCGCCAUCGCUCGGCGCCCUGGCAGCCUCCGUGCGGCUUCACCGAAAGCAUCGAGAUGGUCUGCCUCGUCGUCUUCUGUCUGGAUCUGGCCGUUAAGGGCUACCUGAUUGGCUGGGAGGAAUUUAGAAAGAGCAAAUGGCUGAUCGCCUACACAGUAGUCAUUUCCUUCUCCUUCAUCGACUGGAUGCUGUCUGUCAGCAUGGCGUGUGACGAGAAAUUGCGAGUGCGGCGACUCAUCCGGCCAUUCUUCCUGCUGCAGAACUCUUCCAUGAUGAAAAAGACGCUCAAGUGCAUCAAGAGGACUCUGCCAGAGAUUGCCAGUGUCAUCCUGCUGCUGGCGCUCCACCUGUGCCUCUUCACUAUGAUCGGCAUGCUGCUGUUUGCAAAAAGCGAUGAUCCCAAGAAGAACGGGGAGUGGAAGUUACAUUUCAGAGACCUGCCCACUUCUCUCACCUCUCUGCUGGUGCUGCUCACCACAGCCAACAACCCAGAUGUGAUGAUUCCGGCCUACUCCCUGAACAGAGCCUACUCCAUCUUCUUUGUCACCUUCAGCGUGAUCGGAACCUACUGCCUGAUGAACUUGCUGACGGCCAUCAUCUAUAACCAGUUCAGGGGAUAUCUACUGAUGUCGGUCCAAACGUCCAUCAUCAGGAGACGACUGGGGAUACGAGCCGCUUUCCAAGUCCUGAGCUGCCAGGGAAUCCAGCAGGCUGCUGAGGAGCAUGUGGCUGUUGAACUGGUGCUGAAGACGAUGGCCAGGGUCCAGAUGAAGAGCUACUACAGAGAGGCCAUCACCAAGGAGGCGCACAAGUGUGCAGAUGUGGGCUACAUGGACCGAGAGCAGUUCAGGAAGAUAUUUGAUGAACUCGACAAAGAUCGCAUUAAGGAGCACCCUCCCUUGCCCCAGUACCAAUCUCCGGUCCUGCAGAAACUCCAGGUGGUCUUCAGUCACUACUUUCUUACUAUACUUGGCAACGCGGUGGCACUGGCGAAUGUCAUCUGCAUAUGUACCGUCCUGGUGCUGAAUGCUGAAAAGUCUGCAGCAGAGAGAGACAACUACAUCAUCGAGAUCAUCAACCUGUGCUUCAUCCUUUACUACCUGUUUGAAGUGUGUGUGAAGAUCUUUGCCUUUGGAUGGAAGGGCUACCUGUCCUACAGGAACAACAUCUUCGAUGGGUUCCUCACCGUCCUGCUCUUGGGGCUACAGAUCACUAUAUUUGUCACCUACAAGCUUCCCUUCUCUCAGUGGGACCCUUCCUCUCACAGCAUAUUGUCUCUGUGGGAGAUGGUUCGUUUGAUCAACAUGCUGAUUGUGUUCCGCUUCCUGCGUAUCAUCCCUGAUAUCAAGCUCAUGGCUUUGGUCGCAAGCACCCUGUUGGACCUGCUGAAGAACCUCAGAGCCUUUGCAGGGAUACUGAUGGUGGUGUACUACGUGUUUGCUGUGUUUGGCAUCUGGCUGUUUGAGGGAGCCAUUACACCUCCUUCAGAGAUGAGUGUGCUCUCCAAUACCUCCAUGGAGAACAUCACGUCUAACUUCAGCAUGGAGUGUGGCACCUACGAGCAGCUGGAAUACUGGCCAAACAACUUUGAUGACUUUGCUGCCGCCAUCAUGUUGCUGUACAACGUCAUGGUGGUGAACAACUGGCAGGCCUUCCUGGAAGCAUACAGCCGCCACACCACUGAUUGGUCGAAGAUCUACUUUGUGUGUUGGUGGCUCACCUCCUCGGUCAUGUGGGUCAACUUGUUUGUGGCUGUCAUUUUAGAGAACUUCAUCUACAAGUGGGACCGUAGUCACAGCUGCUCUGUUACAGAUGUGGAGAGGAUCCGAUAUGAAACAUCUGUUCAGCUCAUAUUCAGAGAGCAGAUCCAGGAGCCGACCGAAGAGGAAUUACUGUGUCAGUUAAACCUUCACCCCCACUUACACCUACACUGGUGACACACACACACACACACACACACACACACGGAGCACCAGCUCCUACAUGCACCUGGGAGUCAAGUGAAUGCUGCUGUGGUGAAAGCACUGAGAUGUCAGUGUUCUGGUACAAGUGUAUUUUAAAUGAUUUAAAUAUGUAAUGACUUCUACUGAAACGAGUAUGGAAGGUGUGUUAUGAUGAUUCAUGAACCACUAGUACAUGCUGGGACAUUCUACAGUAUUUGUUAAUGCCUUCACAGUAACUGCUCAAGAAUUUAAUCAAACUGUGCCAAAAACCUCCGACCGAUUUGAAAUAUGAUACACUGAAGGGCGAAUCCAAAUAAUAUUACUUGAGAUGUUAUUCACUGUAAAAUUGAAGAAUUUGCUUCGAAAUGAAGCAAUAGGGCAAGAUUAAAAAAAUCUAACAAAAAUUGUGGAAAGAAAUAUGCAGAUGGAAAACUCGACAAUAAAAACAGUAUCAACUUA